UGGAAUACUCAGGAUUGCUCAGAUCAUUCUUAACGUAAAAUGUGAACCCAUAGAGUUGUGAGGAAAAUAUGAACAGUACCUGGCACAAUUUAAGGACUCAGUAAUUUUUUAAAUAGAAGAUAAGAACUGCGUAAAAAAUUGCUAUUUUUCAAGAUUUAAGAUGCAUAAUAUGCAAGAGGUUUGUGUUGCCGGAUAAGAAGUACAAGCAAUAAGUACAAAGGGUUUUAUGUAGUGCGCCGUGGUGUGUGUGUGUGUGUGUGUUGUGUGUUGCCGGGAGUUGAACUCAACCGCUGUGUGCUCAGGAGGAGCUCAUCUAAGCUACUCCCAGCCCAUGCACUUAAUUUUUAGCAUUAAUACCAUGGUCAAUGUGUGUAUGUUUAUAAUUUGGCUUAUUUCCUGUUUGAGGUCUUUGGAAGUAAAGAUUCAGUAGCUUUGAACUUUAAAAGGCGCUGAAUAUGGAGGCAUCCAUCUGUCAUCCCAGCAUUCUGGAAGCUGAGAGCCUGCUACUUGUUGGGCAAGCACUCUACCAGUCUUCAACCCCAAAGUCAAAUUGUUGAAGGUAUUUUCUCCAGAAAGAAAACAAAAUUGAUAACCUUGCAUCCUGGAAGUUCAUUUAGAAAUCUGAAAUUAGGGACUUCUUUCAAAUUUGGACAUGGCUAAUCGAGGAGCAACAAGACCCAAUGGGCCAAAUACUGGGAAUAAAAUAUGCCAGUUCAAACUGGUACUUCUAGGAGAGUCUGCUGUUGGCAAAUCAAGCCUGGUGCUUCGCUUUGUGAAGGGCCAAUUUCAUGAAUUUCAAGAGAGUACCAUUGGGGCUGCCUUUCUAACCCAAACUGUGUGUCUUGAUGAUACAACAGUAAAAUUUGAAAUAUGGGAUACGGCUGGCCAAGAACGGUAUCAUAGCCUAGCACCAAUGUACUACCGAGGAGCACAAGCAGCCAUAGUUGUGUAUGAUAUCACAAAUGAGGAGUCCUUUGCAAGAGCAAAAAACUGGGUUAAAGAACUUCAGAGGCAAGCAAGUCCUAAUAUUGUGAUAGCUUUGUCAGGAAACAAGGCUGACCUAGCAAAUAAAAGAGCUGUUGACUUCCAGGAAGCACAGUCCUAUGCAGAUGACAACAGUUUAUUAUUCAUGGAGACAUCAGCUAAGACAUCAAUGAAUGUAAAUGAAAUAUUCAUGGCAAUAGCUAAAAAGCUGCCAAAGAAUGAACCACAAAAUCUAGGCACAAACUCGGCCAGAGGACGAGGAGUAGACCUUACUGAGCCUGCACAGCCAGCCAGAAGCCAGUGUUGUAGUAACUGAACUCCAGUGUGAACUUCCUAAAUGGCAAAACCCGUGAAAUGGGAGCAUUUAGCCGGCCCAGU